CCAAUUAAUAAUUACGAAUUAAUAGAAAACCCACUCAUUGUACAAUUCAAGUUGCUCUUUUUGGAAGGACAUAUUUUCAAGAACUGUCUCAUAGAAAUGAAAUCCAUACAUAGAUUUUCAUCCGUUCUUACUAAGACCGAAUAUAGAUUAAAUAUAUAUAAUCACAAAUUAUUGUUACCUAAUUCUAGCUUCAAACCAAUAAUUGAUGACGAGCAUAGAAUAGAUAUUGAAAAAAGUGUAAUUAAAAAUAAUGACAUUAUAGAGUUUGCAAUAGAUGUAAAAAAAUAUCGAAAUAAUGAAUAUUGGUAUGUUAUAAUAAAAUGCUUAAAUGAUCAAAAUGUAUAUGUAAAAGAAGCACAGUCUUUAUUUAUUUAUCCUAUAGAAAAUAAAAAAAUAUAUAUAAGUGAUUUAUAUUACAGAAAAAAAAUUGAUGAUAACAAAUAUAUGUUUUAUUUAAAUAUAUUUGUAUAUUCUUUAUUUAUUUAUCCUAUAGAAAAUAAAAAAAUAUAUAUAAGUGAUUUAUAUUACAGAAAAAAAAUUGAUGAUAACAAAUAUAUGUUUUAUUUAAAUAUAUUUGUAUAUGAUGAAAAAGAAUUAGAUAUAAAAUUGUCUUUGUCAUCAAUUCAAGAAAAUAAUAAUGUUCAGUUAAGUGAAUCAUGUGAUGCUUUUAUUUAUACUUCUUGUUACAAUCUUGUUUAUCACGAAUGCUCAAAAAUAAAAGAACAAGAAAUUAUAUAUCAAAUUAACUCCUACAAAUCAACAGAUAAACAUUUUACUGUUUUCUUUCCUUUGAUAAUUCAAAAGACCAAUGAAAAUUUCAACCUACAAAUUGAAUUAGACACCAAAAAUAAUCCAAGACAUGUUAUAAAAAAAAUGAACAUCAAUAUAGAGAAUAUAUUACUGACAAAUUCUAAUAAACCAUGUAUAAAUCAAUUAAUAUGGAAAUUAAAAAAAUAUAAAAAAAAAUAUGAAUCUCAUUUAUUUAUUUUAUUUAAAGUUGUAAACUGUCAAAAAAUUUAUGAACCUUUUUUAGUCAGUUUUCAAAAUAAUGAAAAUUUCUAUGCCAAAACUGAUCCUUUAGAUAAUAGUGAAAAAUUUACAUUUCAAAAAACUUAUAAACAAAAAUAUCCAAUUGAUUAUGAAUCUAUAUCACAAAAAAUUUUUGAAAAAAAUAUCAUAUCAAUAAUUACAAUUGUUCUUAUUGAUUACAAUUUUUUAUAUUCAUUAAAAACAGAUGGAAAAAAUCAAUUUAUGCAAUUCUUAAAAAAAAAUGUUUUCUUUUCUUAUAACAAAUAUUAUGUGGUAUCAUAUUAUAAUAAAGAUUUGUUAAUAGAAUUUUACAAAUAUAUCGACGUAGCCAAUGUACGUAUUGAUAUUGUUCAAAAGUCAUCAGAUAUACAAAAUUUAUUAGGAGCAUUAGAAAAAACUAUUUCAUUUGCUGAACAAGUAAAACAUAAAGAACUAAAUUACAUGAAUAGUGAAUAUAGUAUUUUAGUAUUAACAGAUAUCAAAGGAAUGACAAAUGUAAAGGAAGGUACAAAUAUAUACAUACCAAGUGAUGCUGAUGUAGAUAAAAUAUUUUCACGAAUUUAUAUUAUAGCAUUUGAAAAUGGUGAUUAUUCUAACACUAAUAUUUUUUAUGAAUCAAUUCAAAAAGUAGAUCAUAUGUACAUAUAUAAUUAUAAAAAAAAAAAUAAGGAUAAUUUAUACUUUCUUUCUUUCCAUAAAUACAUUAUUGACGAACAAUUAAUGUUAAACUACUCAAAAUCCAUAUUACAAGAUUAUAUUAUUUUGCACACACAAAUUUACAAAACAUCAUGGUAUUUGUUAGGAAUAUGUAGAAAUAAUAUUCUAAAAAAUAGUAUGGUCAAUAGAAAAUUACAUAUAUAUUAUGUGGAUCAACUCAUAAAAACUGUUGCAUAUACCAUAUCAAAAGAAGAAACUAAUAGUGUCUACGAUAAUUCAUCUAUAUCCUCCUUUCAAGAUAUGUGUAACAUUUUUACUCAUAUGCAAUUAUUGGGAUACAAAUAG